AUGUAUCGUGAAAUUUUAACAGUUUUCGAUCCACUUGUUUUUAUUGUCAGUUUAUGUUUUCAAUCAACACUUAUCUAUACAAUUAUUCGUCAUUCCCCAAAAAACAUAUCAACGCUAAAAUCGAUUCUACUCAUAAAUAGCUGUUUCCAAUUAGUUCAAUCGUCAAUGGCAUUUUUCUCCCAAGUGCGGUAUGUCAGUAAUCUUGUUCCAUUGGAAUUGUGGAGCUAUGGACCAUGUCGUCACUUUGAAGCGUUUAUUUGUUAUUCCACGUUUCAUGUUCUUCAGACAAGUUCUUUGAUAAGUGCGCUGACAGUUUUCUUAACAACUUUCAUGAAAUACCAAGCAGCAAAACAUGUACAUCUUUCAGAAAAGAAAACCUGGGUUGUAGUUUGCACUAUUUUAGCAAUUAUAUUAGUUUCAACAGGUUGUGCAAUAUCGCUGGUUAUUAUGCAAGCUUUACCUUUGGAAAUUCGCCAAAAAUACAUUUUGAUAAACCAGUCCCUUGAUGAAUACUCUGUCAUUGGAAUAGUAGAUUAUUCGGUUUUACCCAGUCGUAUAAAUGCUACAAUUGUCAAUGGUUUAGUCAUCAUUUUACCAAUCACAUGUCUUUUAUUACGAAGAAAAAUACUCAAGCUUCUCACGGGACCUGAUAGAUCAUCCGAUGCGUUACAUUCCCAAAAUAGAAUUUUCAUUCAGGGCCUCACUUUGCAAAUUUUCUGUCAUACGCUGGUUUACGUUCCUAUUUUUGUGUGCUCAUCAAUUAGUCUGGUGACAAAAACAGAAUACAUUUUCCCGCAGUAUUUCAUAUUUGUUUUACCGCAUCUAACAACUGUCAUCGAUCCGGCUGUAACAAUGUAUUUCGUGACGCCGUAUAGAAAGAAAUUAAUAAUUUGGCUGCGAUUGAAAAACAAUAAAAUGCACUCUAUUGCGCAUUCGACAUUUGUAGUUUCAGUCAACCAAUAA